AGCGCGCGUCAGCCGGUUCCCGGAUGCGCCAAGCAGAAACAUGGAACGGGUAGUGGUGGAAGUGCCGAUCAACAACGGUUUUUCCCUCGCUGGCCCUUCCACAACACCACGGAAGCGUCAGGUGCGUUUUUCAGCACGACAUGACAUCAUCCUUCUGCGGGAGGUCAUCGCCCAGAACCCCUUUGCCUCCAAAGAACCAGGACGGAUCUGGGCUCGUGUGGGGGAGAUCAUUACUGCAGCGCUCCAAGAUGAAAACUUUGAGGUGGAUGCCAGGAGGUGUAGAGAGAGGACCAUGCUGCUGCUAGACUACUACAAGAAACAAGACUUCCCCAGUCUGCGCAGGUUUGGAACAGAGAGGUUGUACGCUGAAAAGGAGGAUCUGCUCCAUGAGGUUUUGGAGCUGGAGGCUGAGAAGGGGCUCCUGGCCAGCGGGGAAAGCACAAAGUACCAGGAUGAUGAACUGAGAAAGCGAGCCAUGGAAGAACUAACUCUACCAGAGCAGGACAAACCCAACAUCACUAUCACACAAACACCCACUGCAGCAGAACCAGAAGAAGACCGUGAGGAAAUGGCAGAUGUUUCAGCAGCACCUAUGGCCAAGCGGCCUUGCCAGUGCUGCUGCCAGACUUACUCUGAGAUCCUCAGCUUCCUGGAGAAACGCUCAGAGGCGGAGCAACGGCUGCGGGAGGAGGAGCUUGCCCUGCGCAGGGAGGAGCUGGAGAUUCAAAGGAGUAAGAUCACUUUGGAGAGGGAACGUCUGGGAGCUGAAAGAAAAGAGAGGGAACGGAGAUUUGAGCUGGAGAGCCAGGAGAGGCAGGUCAUCUUGGACCUACUUAAAGAGAAGGUGCUGAAAGGCUGACGCUGACGCAAAAAAGGUCAAAGGCUGGAAAAUGGGAAAAAAACAUACUCCUCUAAAAUGGGAAAGGAAACUAAGGAAACAGGAAGUGAAAAGAUCAAUGGUUGAUGCAGGUCACUGACAUGGUAAAAUAACCAAACAAAAUCUGACUGAAGAGAUGAACAGUGAACUGAGAUUUAAAAUGGAGGGCAGUAAUGCAGGAUUUGCAGCUGUCUUUGUCUUGUCUGGUGCACAAUGUACCAGAAGAGACAUAAAACUAAUGACAAUGUUUAAAAGGUGCAAUAUUUGCCGAAACCAGCUGCACAAAGCAGAUCCAUUUAGAUUUCAAUAGACGCCCUGCUUUUUAUUUUUCAUCGCACAGGUUGCAUUAGGAUUUAAAAGCACUGCAAUUACUAGAAUGUGAAAAAGGUAUGCUGUGGUUUUAUAGGUGUGGUGAUCCACUGAGCCAAACCUGGCAGACAGGUUCACCAUGUGCAAGGAUGGUCUGUUGCACAAAUGUGGAUAAAUGCAUUUCCUUAUGUAACAAAGACAUGUUUUAAUGUGUCCUGUUCACAGUGUAAGAGACACCGUUCUUUGUGCUCCCAGGAUGAAGGUUGAGGAACAACUAAAAAGCUGUAUUUUUAAGUAUUUAACAUUAAAAGUUCAGGCUUUUUAAAAAUCCUGUAGCAUUAAUACAUUAUGACUUAACACAUGUUUUAUUCACACACUACUUUUUCAAUUUGAAGUCCUUUUGAUUAAAAUAUAAGUAAAACUAUAUUUUACUGACUGUGAAUCCACUGCACAUCGACUGGUAAGCACUUUUGUAGAGCAAACUAUACAAGCCAUUAAGUGUGUGUCCCUAUUCCAUAGAUUAUACAGAAACAAUGGAGCUAUUUUUGAACUGAAAUUACAUUAUGUGUUAAUGUCACAUUUUAGCACUGCUACAUUCCUUUUGCUAUAUAGUUAUUAGUCAAAUGCAUCUCAACAUAGGGUGUUUCUUUUUAUUCUCAUGAUUUAUUAAAUGAUCUGGCUUUUAUUACAUGCUACUGUAAACUUGUGUAUAUUGUUCAUAAAAAAAAAUGUUUUUUCUUUAAAUACCCACAAAAUAACCUACUUUGUAUAAAAUAAAAAG